UUUACAGCGCAUCGUUUGUUUUUUUUGUUUUUUGUUCGGUUGACACGCUCCCUGAAGCUUAUAUAUGGUGGAUCUGGUUUAACUGGACGCAUUCGCCACCGUCGACGGUUACAGAUCAUUGCACGCGGCCGUCAGAAGCGAUCAACCUCAUCGGAAUCGGAGAACAACAAGAGCAGCUGCAGCAUCGAUAUGUUGACGCCCCCGCACCAGGACGCCUACAAUCCCGGCUUCUGCGACUGCCCCUUCCCCAAUUCCAUCGAGGUCACCAGCCACAAGGGCCACAUACCGGAUCUGGUCAGGUGCCGCUGCGGCGAGGAUGUGCCGGGUAAUGUUAGUCCCUGGAAGUGGCAGACAUCAGAGGACUCGGAUGCAAUAGUGACGGAUAGAGACAUUAUUUUCCACCCAACCUACAGUCAAGGAACGGCGAUUGUGCGAGGGGAACGGGCACUGAAGCCAGGCAUGGUGCACUUCUGGGAAAUGCGCGUCAUCACUGCUCUAGCCGGCACAGAUGUGAUGUUCGGCAUCGGCACUGAGAGCGUUAAUCUAGGGCAGUUCAAGUUCCACUUUGUCUCGGCCCUUGGCACUAAUGCCCAGUCCUGGGGCUUUUCGUAUUCCGGCAAGGUCCAGCACUGCGGGGAGCAGCUGCCCUACGGCCAGAAGUUUUCCCAGGGCUGCCUGAUUGGUGUAUAUUUGGAUCGGACGCGUGGUCACUUGGAGUUCUACCUGAACCGGAGGGCAUUGGGUGUGGCCUACACGAAUGUGCCCACGGAUCCAGAUGUUGUCUUAUAUCCAAUGGUUUGCUCCACGGCGGCCAAGUCUGUGAUAAGACUGAUAAACUGCACGUCCCAGCCAGUGACGCUUCAGCUGCGCGCUUUCCAAGCUCUGUCCAAGCAGCCGAACAAGCUCGCUGAACUGCAGCAGAUGCCGGGACUUAAGAGCAUUCUGCAAUCCUACUGGUUCUUAGCCCCGCCUGUUCGCUACUCCCGGAGUUCGCACGACAACGAAUUGGAUUUGGGUGACGAGGCUGUCUUGUCUAGUUCCAAGUUAAGGCUGGGUCGAAAGCAAAAGUACCGAGAAUCCGACGAAGCAAGCAUAGAUGAAGACGACUUGUACGCCAAUGCCCACAAGAUCGCGUUGCGACGCAGCGACAGCGGAGACGAGGAACACGCCUCCUCGGUCCAUGAGAUGUGCGACGAGUACUUUCACUACCUUCUUUAGAAUCUAAAUAGGAGUAUAUAUGUUACACAUGUUAGGUAUGCAUUUAAUUAGAGAAUAACUAUUAAAAUGUAUUUUUUUUAAGUCUGAUUGGUGGCUUUAUCUAUGA